CGCAAAGAAACGCAACACGAGUUUCUCUCCGGAUACAUUUAUCCUGCACACCCGACUGAAAGAUCCGCCGCACACUCACGCUUUGAUCUCUUGAACCCUGCAGAUGGCGACAACUAAAGUUCCAGAGGUUCGUGACAUCACACGGAUUGAGAGAAUUGGUGCACAUUCUCACAUCCGUGGCCUUGGUUUGGAUGAUGCUUUGGAACCAAGACAGGUAUCUCAGGGUAUGGUUGGUCAGCUGGCCUCCAGACGGGCAGCAGGGGUUAUCCUCGAGAUGAUCAAAGAUGGCCACAUCGCUGGCAGGGCAGUGUUGAUCGCUGGCCAGCCCGGCACUGGGAAAACCGCCAUUGCGAUGGGUAUUGCUCAGAGCCUCGGCCCAGACACCCCCUUCACAGCACUGGCCGGCAGUGAGAUCUUCUCCCUGGAGAUGAGCAAGACUGAGGCACUCAGUCAAGCCUUUAGGAAAGCUAUCGGAGUGAGGAUCAAGGAGGAGACAGAAAUUAUCGAAGGAGAAGUUGUAGAAAUUCAGAUCGAUCGACCUGCCACUGGAACGGGUGCCAAAGUGGGCAAGUUGACCCUGAAGACUACUGAGAUGGAGACAAUAUAUGACCUAGGCAACAAGAUGAUUGACAGUCUCAGUAAAGAGAAGGUUCAAGCGGGCGAUGUUAUCACCAUUGACAAAGCGACUGGCAAGAUCAGCAAGUUGGGCCGCUCCUUUACUAGAGCUAGAGACUAUGAUGCCAUGGGAGCUCAGACCCAGUUUGUGCAGUGCCCGGAGGGUGAGCUACAGAAGAGGAAGGAGGUCGUGCACACGGUGUCCCUGCACGAGAUCGACGUCAUCAACAGUCGCACGCAGGGUUUCCUCGCUCUUUUCUCCGGAGACACCGGCGAGAUCAAGUCGGAAGUCCGCGAGCAGAUCAAUGCCAAAGUUUGUGAAUGGAGAGAAGAGGGCAAGGCGGAGAUUAUCCCGGGGGUGUUGUUUAUUGAUGAAGUGCAUAUGCUCGAUAUGGAGUGUUUCUCUUUCCUGAACCGUGCUUUGGAGAGUGACCUGUCCCCAGUUCUCAUCAUGGCCACCAACAGAGGCAUCACUCGUAUUCGUGGCACAAACUACCAAAGCCCUCAUGGGAUCCCACUGGACAUGUUGGACCGCCUGCUUAUCAUCGCCACCUCCCCUUACACCGAAAAGGAGACGAAACAGAUCCUCAAGAUCCGGUGUGAGGAGGAGGAUGUGGAGCUGAGCGAGGAGGCUCACACGGUCCUGACCCGCAUUGGCAUGGAGACAUCACUGCGAUACGCCAUGCAGCUCAUCAGCACGGCCGGUUUGGUGUGCCGCAAACGCAAGGGCACAGAGGUCCAAGUGGAGGACAUCAAGAAGGUUUACUCUCUAUUCCUGGAUGAAGCCAGAUCUUCACAGUACAUGAAGGAGUAUCAGGAGUCUUUCCUGUUUAAUGAAACAAAAACAGCUCCAAUGGAAACCUCGUAAUGAAAAAGACUCAAUUUCUUAUUGUCAAUUUUUAAUGUCCACCGUCAAUGGAGUUGUCUGUUCAAACUUUUCCUGCAAUUUGAAAUAAACAAGCAACUGACUUGCUAUAUUAUGGGUUUGUUUGGGCACUGACACAAUAGAUAUUCUAUUUCCAUUCUUCAUUUUAAUGCUUUCCAUUGUUUUUCCUUGAUUUAUACCAAUUCUUCAUGUAAAAAUAUGAUUUAAAAAAAAAAUAAACAUGGUAUUUUUCUUCCUAAGCGAGUAGACUGUGAACCGCUGCACAUUCAGCAUGAAAACCUCACCAAGGACCAAUCACUCGCUGGAUUUCUUGACAAUUCAUUUGUCUUCCCAGUUCACCUUUUUUCAUGACAUUGUUUGAGUGUGUUGCCUUCAUGUUCGUCUCAGCGUGUUGCCUUCAUGUUUGUCUCUGAGGUCUGGCAAGAUUCCCUGUCGCUUUGUGUUCUUGGUUGACUUGUCAUUACAUGCUUUUUAUUUUUAUGAAUAUGAUUAAACAGAUUUUUACAACUAA